ACAACCAGGCAGGCUGUCUUCAAAUCAAGAAAAUUCUCUAAAAUCAUUCUAAGGAUGUCUAUAACGGAAGAAAAUAACAUGGAGGGAAGGAAAAUAGUAGUGGCAGUAGAUGAAAGUGAAGAGAGCAUGUAUGCAUUAUCUUGGUGUCUCGACAACCUCUUGUCCCAAAACCAUAUACCAACAAGUACCCUAAUUCUCCUCUACAUCAGACCUCCUCUAGAUGUCACUGGGUAUCUAUUUGCCAAUGAUGUCAUUGCAACCAUGGAAAAACACAACAGUGACUUGACAAAUUCAGUGAUGAGAAGGGCGGAGGCAGUUUACAAGAACUUCAAUACUACUGUCGCAGUGGAGAAAAAAGUUGGAAGUGGAGAUGCUAAAUACGCGAUAUGCACAGCUGUCGAGAAACUUGGAGCCGACAUCUUAGUCAUGGGAAGCCACGACUAUGGUCUCUUCAAAAGGGCUUUACUAGGAAGCGUUAGUGAUUACUGUGCUAAGCACGUGAAAUGCCCAUUAGUAGUUGUGAAGCGUCCUAAGGCUACUUAGACACGUGAUGAUAACUUAAUGCAUUUAUGAGAAUAAGUGUGUACAUUGUUAUUUUAUUUUUUAUUUUUUUCCCUCAAAUCGUGGGAAAAAACUUGCGGUAGGGAAGCGUUAGCAUUACAUAUGUUAAUAUGUUAUACAUAAUACCAUAAACGCUCAUCUUUUAUGGAGUAUAUACAUUUUGAUUGA